AUGGGUUUGCGUCUGCUUCUUCUUUUGGUUUCCUUAGUAACAGCCACCUCUGCCGGCUCGAACACCUCAAAAGAGUCAAAACUCGUCUCGCCGGGUAACGAAGCUGGAAGCGUUCCAUUGAUUAAUCUAAAAGGGUAUGUGCUUGAGAGUCCAAUGACAGAUACAUUUACUGACAGUAAUUCAAAAGUCCCAUUUGCUCAUCGGCUAACUCUCAUCUCAGAUCAACUCUACGAGUCAGCCAAAACAAGUUGCAACAGCAAUUUUGUGAAUGUAGAUUCCAGCAAUUAUCAAUGCUCUUCAGACAUUGAUGCUAUUGAUGCAUGGCUCUUCCCAGAAUCAAAUGAAGAAUCUUUGUUAGAAUCGCAUAAUUCUGCCCCUUGGUGUGGGGCCAAAACAGUUUCGGCCAACCAGAGUGCGACAAGUGGCAGGAUGACGUCAGCUCGGCUCGGCUCAAGAACACUGCUCGACUCAGGAACACAGCUCGGCUCGGCUCGGCGAGCAACUCGAACCAGAGCUCUGAUAUCAGUUGUUGUGAGCUGGUCAGAGACAGAGAUGAUUCUAAAUAAAGGAGAGACGAAAUUUAACGCGGUUCGGUACACGAAGAAGAUAAUUAUUGAUGAUUUCAGUUUAACAUAUGCUACAGCAAAGGGAGGAGGCCACAAUGCUGCAGAAGACAUGGUCAAGGAGUGUGCCGCUAUGAUAGAUAGGUGGAUGGCUUAUUUCCCACUUUAA